AUGGUCAGGAACCUUCUUGAUGUACCUGCUCAAGAAGGAGAUGUAUGGCAUCUUGUAUCUAGUGAGUAUCUAAAUGAGUUUUUCAAUCAAUCGGUUUCAUCUUUCAGUGAGUUGAAACAGGGUUUGGGUCCUGUUGAUUGUACUUGUAUUGUCGAUCAAUACGGCAAUUUAUAUCCCGAGGACGAUGAACCAAUAGGUACUUACAACAUUCCACCGGCUUGUUUCCAUCAAUUGACAGAAUGGUUUGGCAUUAAAGGCCAACCAGUAUCUAGAUGUCUUAUAAUUAACUUGGAAACUGGUGCUAAAGAAGUUGAAAGGUAUCCACCGCACUUUGUUGUUCAUACUUUAUCCAAAACUAAUUCAUCAAGAAAUUAUCAAUAUCAUUCAUCUAUUCAUAAUUCACCUUCUGGAUUCUCCUUAUCACAAACGAGAACUUUUGGUGACUUGGUUGAAUCCACUAAGCUUCAUUUAUCUAAAAAUUUAUCUAAAUCAUCCAAAUUUCGUAUUUGGUUCAUUGAAGCAGCAAAUAUAGAAGAAUUCCCAAACCUGGUUAGUAUCUCCACUUUAAUUCAUGAUAUACCUAAAAAAUCUUUAGUUUGUCCUAAUCUUUUCCAUUCUACAAUGAAAAGCCAAGGUAUAGGAACAGCACGAAUUCAUAUACUAGUUGAAUGUUUAGAUAAACCUUCCCAUAAAUAUCCUAUUGAUACUUUUCUCAAUAAUUUUAAUUUCGAUAAACUUGAUUUAAAUUCUACUUUAUCUUUAGGUGGUAAUUUGGGGUUGGCAAAUUUAGGAAAUACUUGUUAUAUGAAUUCGGCUUUACAAUGUCUUCUUCAUGUUCCAGAAAUUAAUUUUUAUUUUUUUUUCAAUCUAUUUGAGCUAGAAUUAAAUGAAUCUAAUCCCUUGGGUAAUAAAGGUGAUGUUGCCAUUACUUUUGGCUCUUUAUUGCAUAAACUCUUUGAUAAUUCAAAUACUUCUCAAUCCUAUGUUUCGCCUCGUGAUUUUAAACAUACUAUCGGUCGUUAUUCUUCUUUAUUUCAAGGCUAUCAACAACAAGAUUCUCAAGAGUUUUUAAGCUGGCUAUUAGAUGCUCUUCAUGAAGAUUUAAAUCGUAUAUAUAAUAAACCUUAUUGUGAAAAACCGGAAUUGAAAGAUGAAGAUAUUAAUAAUUCAAAUGCUAUACUAGAAUUAGCAAGAACUUGUUGGGACCAACAUAAAAAAAGAAAUGAUUCAAUCAUCGUUGAUUUAUUCACUGGUAUGUAUCAAUCAACCCUUGUUUGUCCUGAAUGCUCCAAAACUUCCAUCACUUUUGAUCCAUUCAAUGAUUUAACUUUACCAUUACCAAUUAAUAAAAAAUGGUAUCAUACUUUCACCGUGGUUAAUUUAACCCAAAGUGAAUCGAACCCCAUUGUUAAAUUAGAAGUUGAGUUAAAUAAAACUUCCAACUAUGAUGAAUUGAUGAAAUACAUAUCAAAUUUCUUAAAAGUUCCUCCUCAUUUUUUGUUUCUUUUCGAAAUUUUUAGAGGUUCUUUUUAUAAAGAUUUUCAAGAACAUUAUGAUCGUUUGAAAUUUUUCCCAAUGAGUGAAAUCAUAGGUACCGGUGAUGACAUUUUGAUAUAUAUCAUUCCUCAUGAUCCUCAAAACGAUAUUAUCGUACCAGUUCUUAAUACAGUUCCUGAUGAUUCAACCUAUAACAUGACAGAACCAUUUGGUUUACCUUUAUUCAUUGUUUUAGAUAGAAAAUUUGAGGUUAACAGUUUUGGGAAAAUUAGAUCCAAACUUGAACAGGUUGUUAAAAUCUUAUCAAAGGCGAAUAUUGAAGAACAAUAUAAUGAAUUAAAGUCAUCUCCAAAUGAAAAUACGAAAUAUUUCAGUAGUAAGGAUUUCCCAUUGAUCACUAAAAAGAGAAGUUCCGAAGAUGAUAUAGUAAUGGUUGGCUCUGACGUUGGUAAGAGCCCGACUAAAGAAACACAAGAUUCUAUCCAAUCGGAUCAAUUAGACACCGAUCUUGAUUAUGAUGAAGGAUAUGAUUCAGACAUCUCCCUCGCUAAUCCCAAUGUUGGAGGUAAUUUUGGUUUCGAAAUUAAGUAUCAUUAUGAAGAUCAUCAAUCAUAUCGUCCUCGUGGUUAUAAUCGCUUUAACUCUUAUUCCAGUUCAGAUUCUUCAGACAAUAAUGAUCGUCCUUUGAAUAUUCCUCACUCAAGGCCACUGUUUAGAUCUUUACCUUCUUUGGCAGUACAACUUCCUGAAUUAAAACGUAAUUAUUAUCAUUAUCCUGAUUAUUCUGCUCAAUUGGAUCGUGAAAUACAGGAUAUUGCUGAUGAGGUAAAUGAGAAUUUGACUGAUGAAAAUCAAGAUGAUUCCAAUAAAAAUAGCUUGCAAAGUACUGACUCGAAUGAUAAGAAAAAUACUGAAGAUUUCGUUUUAGUUGACAAAAAUACUGAACAACUGACCAAUAUGGAUUCGCCAUCUGUUCAAGCCCCUGAGGCGGCUUCUCAACAGCUGCUGGAUGAAGACACUGAAAGUGAAAGUAACCUUGGUACAUUAUUUGAUUCUGUGCAUGCGUUGGCUCCCCCAACUGCUUACUCUGAGUCCGGAAGAGAUUCAAUUCAAGAUUCACCAGGUGAAGAGGAUUCCAAAAUUGAUAAUCAUCCAGUGUUGGUUGAUAAGAAUGUCACACUUAUUUGCGAGUGGAAUCCUGAGAUUUACUCUAAGUUUUUCAAAGAACCUGAACUUCAAAAUUGGAUCGAUUUGGAGAACCUUCCAAAUCCUGAAUUAGAAGCAAACAAAGCUAAGUUGGCUAGGCAACAGAAGUCAACCAUAUCAUUAUAUGACUGUUUGAGUAGCUUUAGCACUCCUGAAGUCUUGGGUGAUCAAGAUUUAUGGUAUUGUCCACGCUGUAAGGAUCAUAGACAAGCUACUAAAACAAUUCAAAUUUGGUCAACUGGUGAUUUACUAACAAUUCAUUUGAAAAGAUUUCAAAGCGCGAGAUCUUUCAGUGAUAAAAUUGAUAUAACUGUCGAUUUUCCAAUCGAAGGCUUAGAUAUUUCUCCUUAUGUUGCAUCGAGAAAACUCGAAGAAGAAUCAGAGACUAUUGAUGGUGAUGUACCAUUUCAAAUUCAAAAGAAUGAUUUGAUCUAUGACUUAAUUGCAGUAGAUAACCACUACGGUGGUUUAGGAGGAGGCCAUUAUACUGCCUCCGUUAAGAAUUUCAGAGAUGGCAAAUGGUAUUAUUAUAACGAUGGUAGAGUAACUCCAAUUAAAGACGCGAGGGAAUGUGUUAGUGGUGCUGCUUACUUGUUAUUUUAUAGAAAGAGGACUGCCUCCAAUUUAGUUGGUGGUGAAAGAGUUCAAACCUUAAUAAAUGAAGGCCGAAUGAAAUAUGAACAAACGUUAAAAGAUACGAACAACAAGUUAACCACAGUUAAGAACCAAGUGGAAGCAUAUUCCGAAUUAGAAAGAGAAGAAAUAAAGAAAGUUACCGAGCAGGAGGAACUUAAGAAAGAGGCAGAGGCAGAAGUCUCUGCUAAGGAUUUGGAAUCAAAGGAUUCUGAGAGCCUGGAUUUUUCAUCAAAUGUUAAUCAUCUCACCUCAUCAACAUCUCCUACGUCUUCUUCAGCAUCCACAUCAUCACCACCUAGUAAAGCAGCUCCAGUGUCAACCAAGAAAUCCAGGUCACCUGGAACUGAUGACUUGAGUGCUGGUAGUGAGAACCAAGGAGAUAGUUUUAAUAAGCGUAAACAGCGUUUGAUUUCCAAAGAUGAUAAUGAGAAUAAAUCCAUCCACAUAAAUGAUCCCCCUCUGUCAUCUCUAAGUUUACAGCCUACUUCAAAUGUAGCCUCUCCUGAUAGCAGCAGUUCAGAUGAAGUUAUAUUAAACUGA